AUGAGAGUUGACCUUUCGUUGCGACAACCGACUGCAGACAGCACUUUGCGACAACCAACAACUCAAUGCGCAUGCGUCCCACAUUCGACAGCGACAUACGACGUAUUGUGUAACAGGCUUAAUGGACGGUACGUCGUACGGCUACCGUUCAAAGCCAAUCCUCCGAUUGUAAUCGGCGAAUCUCAUCACAUCGCCUCAUCACUUCUUUCACGGCUUGAAGGCCGUCUUCAAAAUAAAAAGGAUAUGGCAUCCGAAUAUCGAGAAUUCCUACUGGAAUACAAAAAUCUCGGUCAUAUGACGAAAGUAGACGAACCAGUCUCUGCUUCACAAUCAGUUUACAUCCCGCAUCAUGCGGUGAUUCGCGAGCAUAGCAGCAGCACGCGGUUGCGCGUCGUGUUCAAUGCAUCUCAGUCGACAUCGAACGGCUCUUUACUUAACGAUCAUCUUAUGAUCGGUCCUAAGUUACAAACCGACCUUCGUUCGGUAAUUCUUCGAUGGCGACAACAUCGUUAUGUUUUCACUGCCGAUAUCGCAAAAAUGUAUAGGCAGAUUCAAGUCGAUCCGCGAGAUCAAGAUUACCAGCGCAUCUUAUGGCGCUCUUCAUCAUCCGAAGCGGUGCAAGACUACCGCUUGCUUACUGUUACUUACGGUAUGGCGUGUGCUCCAUACCUCGCUCUUCGUACAAUUCAGCAAUUGACGCAAAACGAAGGCGCUCAAUUUCCUCUUGCUCAAUCAGUUUUACGCAAUCAAAUCUAUGUCGAUGAUUGCAUCUUCGGCGCGGAUGACAAGCCGCUUGCAAGGCAAAUCCGCAAUCAAUUAAUUUCAUUGUUACAAAAAGGUGGAUUCCUCCUCCGUAAGUGGGCAAGCAACUGCCCUACGUUACUCAACGACCUACCGGUCAAUGAAAAGAGUCUCAGUCAAGGCAAAAUUCUGCAAAGCGACGAAAGUUUCAAAGUCUUAGGCGUCACGUGGCUCCCUGCUACCGAUACAUUCCAAUUUUCAGUCGAAGUUACCACGUCGAUCCCAGAUUCUAAACGGAAAAUUCUGUCUACUAUAGCAAAAUUAUUUGACCCGCUCGGGUGGCUUGCUCCGGUCAUAAUUACUGCAAAAAUUAUCAUGCAACAAUUGUGGGCUACUAAGUGUUCGUGGGAUGAUCCAAUUCCACCCCCUCUCAUGCAAAAAUGGCACAAUUAUCACACGCAGCUAAUUCAACUGCGUAAUAUCUCUUUGCCACGAUGGACUGCCUUCGGUUCCGACACAAGUCACUGUGAGCUUCACGGCUUCGCUGACGCAUCGUCCGUCGCAUACGCCGCUGUCAUAUAUCUUAAAGUGAUCUCGCUCAUGGGAUCAGUUACUGUUUCGCUAUUAAUAGCAAAAUCAAAAGUCGCGCCUCUUAAGCCCUUGACAAUUCCAAGACUCGAACUAUGCGCUGCUGCGCUUUUAGCACGAACAAUGUCAUUUACCAGAACGACAUUAGAACUGUCGACAAUUCCCUGUCAUUGCUGGACGGAUUCAACCGUCACUCUCGCUUGGCUACGCCAAUUUCCAUCUCGAUGGAAAACGUUUGUCGCGCAUCGCGUGCACGAUGUGCAAACUCUAAUACCUGAUGCCAUGUGGCAUCAUGUUCCGACUCAUCAGAAUCCCGCGGAUCUAGCAUCACGCGGAGUUACCGCUUCCUCGUUCGCGGAGAACUCACUGUGGUGGCAAGGCCCCGAGUGGCUCAAGCUUUCUUCAAGUAUGUGA